AUGCUGAUUUGGAAUGAUUAUUGUGAAAGUAAAGAAGAUGGGCAUAGGCAUUUUAGAAGCAAUCUGUUAUUAUUUUUUGUGGAAAUGGAAUUACUUAAUAGUGUAUUAAAUGAAAUAAUCUUUGCAGAAAUGAAUAAUUUUGAUUUAAAAUAUGAAAGCGAAGAAAAUGAAAUAGAAAUCUCAAACCCUACACCAAAUAGCAUUACUAUGACUCUUCAGGACUUUGUAGAUCUAUCAGAUCUUAUCUUUGGAAUAAAUAAUAGUCAAGAGGAACCUAUUUUGACUAGCAAAGAAAAAAUAAAUAUGGAAUUUGAAAGUAGUUCUUUGGUUCAGGAUAUAUUGAAUGAUAGUGAUUUAAAUGAAUAA